AAAUGAUUGGUUGGGACACUUUUCUGGAAGUAAGAGUGGUAGCGAAAUUCAUAUAUAUGUAGGUAGUUAUAUCAGGUCUAUACCAUGAAGAGUGUCCUCCUCCUCGUCGGUUUAGCGGCCAGUGUUGUGGGUCAAGGCUAUGUCUAUCUGCAUGAAAAUCAACAAGACAGGACACCAAAUCCCGCCAAUAACUUGUUCGACCCUAGUGCUUACGUGUACAAACCACCAUCAGCUGUCAAUCCGAAUGUAUUUGCUCCAGCUAACCAAUCCCCUUCGACACCUCGCCAUUCUUCUCCUGAAUAUCCUGAGGUCCAAGAUCCACCUAUCCAACCCGAAAGAAACCAAAAUUUACCUCCUCAACAUUAUGAGAUCCAACGUUUACCAGUAUCGUCUCCUCCAGACCGUUCACCAACACCAUCUGUGACAUCUUCUAGACAAUUUCAGGCUCCCAGUGAACCCCAACAGGCAGGUCUUCCAGCUUCUACAUCAUCAAGAGGAGGGCCGUCACUGGAAGAAAUCUAUGCUUCUUUAGAAAGACGUGUCAAUGAGUAUCACAAGCAACAAAGAGAGCAACAACGUCUGGACGACUCUUUCCACGUUCCAUCUGUUGAAACUCUUUCCCGAAAGCAACACAUAUCCACCAAUACUCAGGCUCAGCCUGUUCCACCUCACCAACAACCUGACAUCUACUCUCAGCAAUAUAACAACAACAACCAACCCAGACAGGCUCAGCCUGUUCCACCUCACCAACAACCUGACAUACACUCUCAGCAAUAUAACAACAACAACCAACCUAGACAGACUCAGCCUGUUCCACCUCACAAACAACCUGACAUAUACUCUCAGCAAUAUAACAUCAACAACAACCAACACAGACAGACUCAGCCUGCUCAACCCCAGCAACCGACUUACACUAAUCAACGACAAUAUAACAACAGGCGAGUCCCUAAUCCUGUUCAACACAUUCGCCACCCUCAGUCCUUUCAGGAACCCGUUCCACAACCCCCAGUAUCCGUCGGUGAGCCCCAGUCCUCGGGCCUUCCCGCCUCCACUAUCAAUGGUCAAGGAAGUAAAUCUCUCGAAGAGCUUUAUGCUGAACUCGAGAAAAGUGUUUUAGAGUCACAGAAGCAGCAAAAACAGGCAGCAAGACGGAAAAUGACAUCUCCACGACAACCCGUGUAUGCGCAGGUGACCGACUCCAACUCACAGUAUAAUAACCGGCCACAUUUAAAGGAUCGGCUUCAGAUGGAAGACGCUUCAGUAGUUCGAAGACAGCCUCUUGGUGAAGUCACACGAAGACGGCCGGUUAGUAUCACCAGAGAAAAACGGCGGCAACGACAGAGAAGGCGCAGACUAAGACCUCAGACAUCUGCAGUCGAAAAGUAUAACGAUAGAGGAAGAGUCGUAUCUAUGAGUCGUCCUUCCAGAGCUGGUGGAAGAACUGUACCAGUAAGUCAUCAUUCAGCUCCAGCGAGGUCCGCAGAGAUGGCACAGCCCGAAGUGAAGAAUUAUGAUGCAGACUUGGCUGUGGCUUCGCUACCUCCAGAUACUGAUGGAGAUGGAAUCCCCGGUGAGGCUGGAGUGGACUAUCCAACGUUAAACUCCAUUCCACGAACAUCUUUCUCGUGUAUUAAACAACCACUUAACGGGUACUAUGCAGAUUUAGAAACUUCAUGUCAGGUGGUGCACAUGUGUCAAGCUGGUGGAGUACAGGAUAGUUAUCUCUGCCCGAAUGGAACCAUCUUUUCCCAGGCUAAGUUCUCUUGCCAAUGGUGGUAUAAAGUAAAUUGUGCGAAGUCUGUCAACUAUUACGAUCUGAAUGACGCACUGUACAAGGUGCCUGAACCACCUAACGAAGAGAGACGACGAAAUUAGAAAAUAUUUUCAUGCCAUAAUGUGUUCGUGUUACUUUGUACAAUCAUAUAUUUUGUUAUCAGUACAUUGAGAUUUAUAGUAUCCCUUAUGUUACUCUGUAGAUUUACGUUUUAUUAUCAGCUCAUUCAGUUUUGUAGUAUCCCUUAUGUUACUCUGUACAAUUACUGAUUUUGUAACCAGUCCACUCAGUUUUGUAGUAUCCCUUAUGCUACUCUGUACAAUAACUGUACAAUAUCAAUUAGUUUUAUUUUCCAAGUUAUCUACAUAUUUUAUACCGUGUCGAAACUUUAUAACUUACAUUGUAAGUACGGGAAAAUAACUGUCAGUGAUAUGGAACGAAAUGUUGUGGAUUUAUCUUGUGACAUUAUCACUGAGGUCAUUCCAGGCCAUCUUCAAGAUAAUGUAUUUAGGAAGUUUUAUUAAUAUGUAUCAUACACCUAAAAUGCUACUAUCAAAGGUGCAGGAGAUAACAAAGUACACAUUUUUAAUCAAACAUUACUAAAAAUCACUCCUCAAAAACGAUAGUUAUAGAUACACCCCUUACAUUCAUAUGGAGUUAUAUUAGAGAAAAACUACAUCCAAAAUCAAAGCUUCCACCCCUACUUAUAAAUAUUGUGUUGCAGUUGCUUAUUUAUCUUACUCUGUGUAACUCAUGGUAAAGAAGUUACAAAUCUGUUCUGAACCUCUGUUAAAAUGCCGAGGAAAGAAUUGUAGCAUGGAUAUAAAUUUAAUGAUACUUUUUUGAUAUAUUUUUGCAACAGCCAUUUUGAGUGGUUUCAGUUCAAUUUUGGUUCAUAAAGUCGACGUAAUUUCAUGUCUCAUUAAUCAUAGUAUUAUUUCUAAUA